GAAUCCAUAUCCCAACAAGAUGGAAUGGAACGAUUUGAGCCACAAUUGUUGAUACUAGUAAACUUACCCAUACGGACCCAUGGCCAUAUCUGAAUUCGGUGGAAAUGAGUUCACUCGCACCCUAUUCUCAUUCAGUUGGGACUUGCCUCACUUCCUUGCAGUCCCAUAAACGCAACUAUUCACUACCACCUCUUACUUCUUACACAAUAACAACAUGCUCUUACCAACAACUACCACCACUUGUUGUACAAAAGGAGGAGAACCAAUUGAAAAGAAGAGACGCAAUUGGCCUCGCCUUCAGUUUUGGUCUUCUUCAUUCUUUAUUCCAACCGCUAUCCACCUCAGCUGCAGAAGCAGUUCCUUGUGAAUUAACAGUGGCUCCUUCAGGCCUUUCCUUUUGUGAUAAAAUUGUAGGCACUGGUUCUCAAGCUGUUAAGGGACAGCUUAUUAAGGCACAUUAUGUGGGGAGAUUGGAGAAUGGGAAAGUUUUCGACAGCAGUUACAAUCGUGGCAAGCCCCUUACGUUUCGCGUCGGUGUUGGAGAGGUUAUCAAAGGAUGGGAUGAAGGCAUUUUAGGAGGUGAUGGAAUUCCUCCUAUGCUUGCAGGAGGUAAACGUACAUUGAAGCUUCCUCCACAACUUGGAUAUGGUUCAAGAGGUGCUGGUUGUAAAGGAGGUUCAUGUGUCAUUCCUCCUGAUUCGGUACUCUUAUUUGAUGUGGAGUUUGUUAGCAAAGCAUGAUUUACAAGUCCAUGGCAAUGAAAUUACCUUCCUUUGAUUUCUUUGGAGAUUGGAAAUUAGAUUAAUAUUUUUAUCCCUUUUGAGUUUAUGUUUGAUGGGGCUGUGAAAUUACAUCCAAUGAAAGGUGUUCAUAAUUUCAGCAGUCUAAUCCAUCCACAGAAGAGCAUUUUUAAAAUAAAGAAAAAUUUGCCUGGUAAAUUCAUGACUAUGCAAUUAACAUGUUUUGUUUGUUUAUCUCUAGUUUUGGUUUCAUAAGCUUAGAUAAUGUAGGUGGACUGUGAUUUUGGUUUUAUCUUGUGUGGACCGUGAUUUUCUGUCUCCAAACCAGAAAGAGAGCUUGCUGCAUUGGGCUCAUGAUGUAGUCUCUAAAUAAAGUAUCCUGGUUGCCACAGUUCUUUGGAUUA